CUUGAAGCAGUUUAAGCCAGGACCUUGUCAAUCAUGUUUUAUGUUCUGCUCAGUUCUUUAUUCAUUAGUUCAACUUAUUCCUCUUACUGUCCAAGCUGUAGCUUAAGCUGUGGAACCUGUUCUCAACCUGAACCCUGUAUCUGGUCAACCUGGAGUUGGGGACCCUGUACAACUACCUGUGGAGAAGGGAUCCAGCAGGGAACCAGGAGUUUAAUACGAGGUGGAACUAGUUGUCCAGUAUCCUCUGUAUCCACGAGAUGGUGUUCUGCUCCUCCUUGUCCUAUCAACUGUAUCUGGGGAGAAUGGAUGUCUGGGCCCUGUUCUGUAUCCUGUGGUGUAGGGAGAAGGGUGAGAACAAGGGAUAGGAUAAGGAUAGCUGAUUACGGAGGGACAGAUUGUAUUGGAGAAUCCGUUCAGCUCAAUGAAGUUUGCAGCUUAGAACUGUGCCCCGUAGAUUGUGAGUGGAGUAGUUGGACAUGGAGCGGGUGCAGUACAACCUGCGGACCCGGAGAAAGGUUAGGAACCAGAAACGUUCUCAGAGAGAGACAAGGAGAAGGUAAAGAUUGUCUUGGAGAUCGAACAUCUCGAGAGGAUUGCUCCCAGAAAGAGUGUUGCAGCUGGGGAUCAUGGUCGGAGUGGUCCCAGCUCUCUGACGUGCUUGUUCUCUCUAGGGAUGGUUUAGGAGAUGAAGAGGUUGGAGUUGAGAGAAGGAUAUCUGGACAGGUCGGAGGAAGCCACUGUACUCAAACCAGAAACGAGGAAUGUUAG